AUGCAUUCGUUAAGAGGAUGGAAGUGGUUGGUACUGGGGAGCGUGGUUGGCAGUGUGAGCAGUGCGGUGAUGCCGACACCUGCGAUUACACCUGCACCACGAUCCGCUGAGGUGAAUCUACGAUCUUUGGAGAAGAGAGAAACUCCAGAUGCUGUUUCACUCGCUCACGUGCUCCUGACAGCACUACCACUUUCGCUCCGCCUGAUCGCUGCGACCAACGUUCCAGCCGUCUCAAGCAUACUAUGGGAAGAGUUUUUGGAUGAUAAGAAACCGCAGUGGUUUUCAGAAUUGCCAUGGGAUAUACAAAACUAUCUAAUCAGAGAAUUCGGGCCACAGUCAGCAUGGCCGACCGCGUCGCCAACGAGUAAAGUCACUGCGACGGGAGCGUCCUCGACAGCGCAGACAAGCCUGUCGCAGUCGUCCGAGUCGCCCACACCGUCAGCAUCUGACAGCGCGUCCACGACCAGUACUCCUUCGACUUCAACACCAGUGUCAUCAUCAGUGUCUUCACCCUCACUGGCUUCCACCCUUUCCCAAUCGAGGGCGACCCAAAGCUCAGCGUCACCCUCAACAGUACCCGUAGCACCAGAAUCCAGCAACUCCGGGCUGACCAGACGCCAAAAGGUCGGGCUCGGCGUCGGUGUGCCAUUCGCCUUCCUGGGCAUCGCUGCUAUUCUGUUCGCAUGCUGCUUCCUUCAGCGCCGCCGCCGGAGAAGGCGCAUUGAAGGCUUCCAACCGCCAUCGUCACCAGGCUUCAUCCCCCGCUACUCGUUCCAGGACCGGACGCUAAGCUCUGACCACUAUGAGCAUCGCACGCCGCUGAACCGGGCGAGUCAAGAGGAUGGCACCAUGAACUGGGAAGACGACGGCUACGAUCCCGCAGAGAUGGAGGCGCCACAUAGAGCGAACGCGCUUCCACCAGUUGCAGCGCCCAUGGCAAUGCACGACCCUAACCCCAUCAUGGCGGCGCCUGCACUAUAUCAUACGCACAGCUCGAAUCGCGCACGAGGUAAGAGGACAAGCUACACGAAUCUGCACUCUGUUGCCGAAGUUACGGAGCCAGACGACGAAAUGAUGGAAUCCCCUGUCCUGGGACGAAACCAGACACCACCAAGGCAGACUCUUCGGAGAAUGAGUGCGCCGCUACACAUGGAUAUGCCGCCGAUACCAGCCGUGGCCACGCUCAAACGAAAGCCCGUUCCUACAAGCCCAAUGGGCACCAGUCCAGCCGCCGAAGCUGCAUCGCGAUCCCUACUGCGUCCACCACUGGCGCAGCCCAACCACAGCGGCAGCAGCUCAAGCGGCAUGGCAGUAAGCAGCGUGAGCACCUCGUCCAGCUUGGGAAACCACUCCGACGACGUGUCGUCUCCUAUCAGCCCAGUGUCCAGCCACGCCCCGAAGAACCCUUUUGCUGGCGGAUACGACUACCUCGAGGACUACGGCCCAGAGUACUCCAACAACGGCUAUGAUGACCUCGAGGGUGGCUUGUAUGGCGGGCACAGAAGUCUGGAUAGAUAUCCGGAUCCGUCGGCCCCACGCAAGAGCUCCAAGACUGAGUGGCCGUUGCGGAAUAUGAUGGGCUCGGGGCACAAGCGGAACAGAAGUCCCAUGUGGGAUCGCGUGUAUGAGUAG